ACCAGAUAUAAACGAGAAUAUUCUUUCGAUCGGCUCGGCUGGUGUUCUGUUGCGUUCUCAGCUAGUCAUCUCUCCUUCCUUAGCGACCUCAAACUCUAUUACCUGUUUUUCUCGCAUCCCAAUUCCCCGUUUUUCUUUCUCUUGCUUUCUUAACUCCAAAAUCAACCGAAAAGGGAAUAGAUCAAUUGUUUAAUCAAUCAAUAAUGGCAACUACUGAGGUUUUGCAGCUCAUAGAAGAAGGUCUUGUGUCAUCUCGUCUUCUUGAUCCUACAAAAGCUGACACUGCAAAGUCCCGAGGCCUGUCAAUUGAGAAGAAGAUUGAGUUCCUUGAGAGCUUGACUGGCAAAGUCAGCAACAGAAGAUCUCGGAGAUGGAUAAACGACCGCUUGUUGAUGGAACUUGUUCCUCGCUUAAAUGCAGAAGAAAUUAGAGGCUUGUUUGCUCCACCACCUUGGGGCGAUGAUGUACCCCUGUCACCAUUUUGCAUGACUAAUGUGGGAGAGUGGGAGAAAUUUAGGAAUAUAGACAUGGACAAACAGGCUCAUAUUAUUGAUGCGCUAAAUACCCCAUCCACAAAGAGGAGGGGUCGUGUGGAUGCUGAUAAGGUGGCUGUCUUAAAUGCGUGGCGUAGAAUAGAUAGCCGAACGAGAGAAGCACUUCGCCGUAGCUUUCUUACAGAUCUUAUUGAGGGCUAUGAGGCAUGCAUAAGGACCUUCAUUCAGGAGAGUGGAGAUGAGGAAGUUCUCGCAUUACAGGUUCAAGAUCCCUUUCAUAGAUUGUUGCUGCAUGGAGUUUGUGAGUUCUACAACUUGGUGUCAGUGACGGUAAUGGAGUCCAAGGACAGAGAGUCAUUGAAGACAACUAGGAUAAAAAAGAAGAAAAUGGGGGCAGUUGAGCUACCAAAUAUCACCCUGUCCCACUUUCUAAAAAUGUCCAAGGAAGGUGUUUGGUGACCCAAUUAGGCAGGAGCUCUAAGUUGUGUUUAUAAAUAAAACUCGCAGUGAUCGGCGGUUGUAACUCCCAGAUCAGGGUGUAAUACAUUAUCUGGAUGUAACAUUUGUUCUCGUUGUACCAUUUAUGAUGUGUAGUUUAUGUGACCUCUAGCUUCUCAGAAGCUAGAAAUGUACAUUGUAUGUUUCCAAUCAACUGAAAAAGUUGAUUGUAAUUUGUAGGUUCAUUCUUCACAGUACAAGCUACUUCAUUUGUUUCACCCUCCUUUUAUUGGAUGGAUUUGAAGUUUCAGUUCUUUCA